AUAAGCGGAAACACUGAGGAGAAAAUCACAGCGCCCUCUGCAGACUGGAUGAAAAAAAAUCAUCGUGACGCGAUUAAAAAAGAGUGCAUGAGUGAUUAUUAUUCAGUAUUAGGAGUUCCUCGUUCUGCCUCAGCAAAAGAGAUAAAGAAAGCCUUUCAUGAGCUGGCCCUUAAACUUCAUCCAGACAAAAAUCCUGGUCCAAAUGCACAAGAUAUCUUCACACAGCUUGCACAGGCCUAUGAGGUGUUGUCAGAUCAAGAAAAGCGGAGGGUCUAUGACCAGAGCAGCACUAUGAAGAAAAACCAAGAUAUGGGGUUUGAUCCCCAUGCUGACCUAAGUGGUAACAGUAUAUUUCAGUCCUUCAGCCUGGACGAACUGUUUGAGAUGCUGCGGAUGGAGGAAGAUUUCAACAUGGGUGAUGAACAUGUGGGUCAAGGAUGGAGUUUUACUAUGUGGUCUGACGGGCAGGAAGAUGAUGAUAAUCAUUUUAGCAAUAUGUUUAGCAUGAUGUGAGAUUAAAGACUAGGGGUUUGGCAAAUGUUUAAAUAUACAGUAUGGACCCACUAUUGUUGAUAAUGAUAUCUAA